ACAAGUGCGCGUCUGCUGAGGUGCGCAUUCAGCGCGCCGCUCGGCCCACCCGGACACUGCAGUGGAGGUUACCGUGCCAUUGCAGCGACUGCUCGCUCCUGACGCUUCGUCCCGCUGCAAACGUCCCGGGCCCGGGUAGAUUGGGGCAGAACAGGGAAACGCAGGAAGCUAUGGCCGAGUCCAACCCGCUGUGGGGGUUUCCCCGUCUGCGCCGGGCUGCGACCUCGUUUCCAGGCAAUCUGCAUUUGGUCUUGGUGCUCCGCCCCACUGGCUUGUUAAGCUCCACCCCCAGUCCAUCCUCAAGCACUGAUCUGGGCUUUCGCUUUAGCCAGGAUGACUUCCUGUUGAAGAUGCCGGUGGUAAUGCUGCGUUCAGUCGGUGACCUGCUGCGCUAUAUAGAUGAAAACCACCUGGCAUCAGACUUCACUGCCAAAGUGGAGUAUUGCCACAGUGACUGGCUUGUCCUCCGCUCGUCCAUUGAGACGUUUGCAGUGACGGUGAAGGAGAUCGCCCAGCUGCUGCAGAGCUUUGGAUCGGAGCUGUCUGAGACGGAACUUCCAGAUGAAGCUAAUGCCAUUGAAUUCUUGCUGCACUCCCACACCCACCGAUACCGACAGAUGAAGGAUGAUAUCCGGGGUGUGCUGAAAGAAGGACGUCUGCUGUUAUCCAACUUAGAAACAGUCAAAGCUGCUAAGAAAGACAUGGAGGAAGAGAGGGAAAUACAAGCUGACAUGGACACUGUUCGGAGGCUCCUGGCCCAGCUCAGAGACAUGGAGGAGGCAUUUGAUGGGUUUUUUGAAAAACACCACCUGAAGCUGCAGCAGUACCUCCAGCUGCUGCACUAUGAACUCAGCUUCCAGCAGAUGGACGAGGUGCUGGAGCGAGUCUCUGCCCAGGAGAAGGAGAUUGCCUCAGUAGGAACCACAGUGGUUCAGACAGAGCUGCUGCUUAAAGACCUGGACACGCUGGACAAACAUGCACAGGAGGAGAUGGCUCGUGCCCAGGUGUUAAUCCUGCACGGGCACCAAUUGGCUACCAAUCACCACUAUGCUCUCGCACUCAUCGUCCAGCGCUGCAAUGAGCUGCGACAUCACUGCGACGUCAUUACCAUUGCCAUACGCACUAAGAGGGCCUCGCUCACUCGGAUGCGAGACCUGCUGCUGCGUCUUGAAGAGGCCCUUCGUUGGUGCGAUGAGGGUGCUUAUCUGCUGGCAAGUCAGAUGGUGGACAAGUUCCAGACUAGAGAGGGAGCUCAGGAGGCGCUGCAGUACCUGAGCUAUCACCAGGAGAGGGCUCCAUUUACACUGAGAAACAGCCAGGACACUCUGAGCCUGGAGUUUGAGGCCAUACUGACCCCACAGCUGCAGUCCCAGAUUACCAUGGUGACAGAGAAGCUGAACUCCAUGCAGUCUAUGAUCAGAAACAGAGAGCAGUGUCUGAGGAAGCUGGCAGAUGUACAGGUUCGACCAAUACAGCUUGUGGCUCCGCGGCCCGAACCUGAUCAGAGCUUAUUGCGUACCAAGUCGCCUCUCUUCUCUCCUAAACAUGGUGUAGACUUCAAUGUCCUGAACUCUAAAUUCUCAUUUGACUUGCUUCCUGGCAAAAGAGCCGCAAGGAGGAGCAACAGCCAACGAAAGAUUGAGGUGAUGCAUGAUUACCAUGGCAACCAGAGCUGUUUGUACGGCCCCAACCCUGAAACAGAUUCUGAGGCAGAGGACAAUCCAGAGCAGGUCACACGCCACAUUAUAAAGGAAUUGAUAGCCACAGAGAGGAUCUAUGUGGAUGAACUACUCUCUGUCCUUCUAGGCUACAGGGCAGAAAUGGAGGACCCAUCCAUGUCUAAUCUCCUUCCCUCAGCUCUACGCAGCCAAAAAGAUGUUCUGUUCGGCAACAUGCCAGAGAUUUACCAGUUCCACAGCAGGAUCUUCCUCCAAGAUCUGCAGGGUUGCCUAGAGUCACCAGAGAGGGUGGGGGCUUGUUUCCUACAACGGAAACAGAAGUUUCAGGUGUAUGAGCGUUACUGCCAAAACAAGCCUCGCUCCGAGUUGCUAUGGAGACAAUGCUCUGAUUCCCAGUUUUUUCAGGAAUGCCAGAAGAAGCUGGACCAUAAGUUGGGUCUUGACUCUUACCUCCUGAAACCAAUCCAGCGUCUCACCAAGUACCAGCUGCUACUCAAGGAGCUUUUGAAGCACUGUGUGGAGGAACGAUACCGCUGUGAGCUCCAGGAUGCUCUGGACUGUAUGCUGGAGCUGCUGAAGUCUGUCAAUGACUCAAUGCAUCAGAUAGCCAUCACCGGAUAUCAGGGUGAUCUGGGCCAGCUGGGCCGUGUUGUGAUGCAGGGGGGCUUCUGCGUGUGGAUCAGCCAUAAACGUGCCGCAGUUCGAAUGAAAGAGCUGGCUAGAUUCAAGCCUAUGCAGCGUCAUCUCUUUCUCUACGAACAUGCCGUUCUCUUCUGCAAGCGUAGGGAUGAUGACAACCAUGACAGGACGCCAUUCUACAGCUUCAAAUCCUGCCUCAGAAUGAGUGCAGUGGGAAUCACAGAAACUGUAAAAGGAGAUGUGAAGAAAUUUGAAAUCUGGUACAGUGGCAGGGAAGUGGUGUACAUAGUUCAGGCUCCCACAGUGGAGGUCAAAACUGCCUGGCUGACAGAGAUUCGAAAAAUUCUUACCAAUCAGCAGAAACUACAUCAAGAUGAGGUUCCCUCUCUUCCUCUUUCAGACAGCCUUCACUCUGACAGUGCAUCAGAGAUGUGUGUGUCGUGGGGCGGUGCGUCGGUGGGAGGCUGCUCAGCGUGUCUCCCUGUUCCUCACAGCUCAUCGGCAACAAGCCACUCCCACGUGUACAGAGGGGAGGAAUCAAUCCACAGUAGCUCCGCCCAUUCAGACCCUGUGGUUCAUUCACCUCGACGCAGUUGGCCCGUCCCUGCUCACUCCGUGGCCAUCUGUGAGGGCCUGGAGGACUGGGGUGCUACAGACCUCUCCGCCUUGUCAGAUUCAGAGGAGGAGGAUCAGCCUGCCCCACUGGUGGCGGGCAGGUACAGAGUCAUGGUAGAGAGCAGCAUGGCUAGCACUGAUGACAUCAUCUUUAAUUGUGGUGAUGUCAUCCAACUGCUUUAUGAGGAUUCAUCAGGAAUGUGGAUGGUAAAGAAUAUCAGUCGUGGUGAAGAAGGUCAUGUUUUACCUGAGGACUUGCACAGGAUUCUGGGAGAGACUUGCUGAGAGUCCAUCAGAGCAGAGGAAAGAUGAUGCAGUGUUCAUGAUGAGGGUACAUUUUUCUUCAUUUGUUGUUGAUUUUUUGGCCAACUCUUUGCCUGAAUACCCCACCACGCCCACAGACUCUCAUAUUCCAUCGACUUGCUCACAGAUGUGGGCAUCUGCCUCAGCAGACUCAGACCGAAGCACAGCCAUACUGUGAGUUUCCCUUCAGAUGGCUGUAGACCACAGAGUGGACCUCAGAAGACCGCAACAGUGGAAAGCACAAACAUUUGUUUUUUGUAUCCGUCUUUUCCAGCAGUGAUGCAGUGAAGAAUUUGGACUGAAGGGGUUGAACAAUGGUUCUCAUUCAUACAGAGUGGACUUUUUGUUUAAGAAGUUGUAUCAUUUCUAUUUUCUUAUGAAGUAUAACAGAAAACAUCUAUAUCCUUCCUGACAUAUCAUUCAUGUGCCAAACAGCUGCAGCUUCUUCUUGUGAGUUACAAAAAAUAUCUUUUAUCAUUUGGUGUCUGUUUUCAGUGAAGCCUCGUUGUUGCUUCAUCAGUCAGCUUCAUUGUUAGGGGAUGUGCAUCUGAUCUAUGCAGAAAUCGCCAUGGUUACUCACUUCUUAGUAACAAAAGUGGACAUUGAUUGUCUUCCAGCUGCGUAUUACAGUACAUGAUACAAAGAAAGCAAAGAAAAAAAAAAGAUUGUUUUGGGUCAGGAUAGUUCUUGAAGGUUUCCGCUUAGUAGCAAUUAAAUAAUUGUUUAGCUACAUAAAUGGUAAUAGUCUGGGUGGUUGCUUGUAAAAAGAUCAGUGCAUACCCUCUUUAGAUCUUUAUCUCUUUUUUCCAAUAGCUGCCAAAACAUGUUACAGUGAGAAAGGUGCAGGAUUACUACAUUACUAAAGGUAACUUCUAGAUGUUUUUUUCUAGUUGUGCCACCAAGCAGCUUUUCAAGGACUGGGUCUUCAUACUGAUGUGAAAUGUGUCGGUGCAAAUGUAAAAUAUACAAAUCCAUGUAAAAGUAUGCAGUCCCACCAAUGGUUCUACACUAUUCCACAGAUGAUAUUGCUCAUGUUCUAACAAAAGUAAGGAAUGAGGAAGCGCUGUGGCUUAUAGUCAUGCGUGCAUAUAAUGCUAUGUAUUUGCAGAUAUUCCGUGAGAAUGGGAACUCAUUUACAUUCAACUGAACUCAAGGAAACAGUGCUUUCUGGAGAGUAAUCCUUUUUAUUUGUUUACACAAAACCCCUCAGGGCCACUUCAACGACCAAAUUAUAUUUUAGAUUUUGUGCAUUGUGACAUACAAAGAUGGAUAUCAGAGUUAGAAACAUCUUGAUUUUACUUACAAAAAAGGUGCAGUGCAUGGUAUAAGUACUUUACUGUUUUAGUGGUUUAUGCGCAGCAUAAAUCAGGAAAGAAUCUGGACAAAAAAAAUACUCAGGCUGUUGGUUUGGUACUAUGUUGUAUUAUUUAAAUGUUUUUUUAAUGUCGAAUGUAUUCUUGCUACUUCUUGCUGCUAUUUAUGCUAAUAAUGCAUUAUUGCUUUUGGUUUUUACUUGCUGCUUAUGAUUCUGCACCUUGUUCAUCAAACAUUUCUUGGCUUGCUCUGGCACAGCAGUUAAGAUUGCUGUUACCACGGAGAUGAGCCAAGUUUUUGUUUAUGGCUUUGCAUGGUCUAAUAGCAAUUGCACAUGAUAGCUGCUUUAUUUCUGCUUGCACCCCUGUGUUACACCUACAUGUAAACUAUGUUCUUUGCGUAAAAACUGUACAAAGAUGCAAAAAUUUAAACAGUCACAAUGUGGAUUACUUCAUGAAUAAUACCACUUAAAUUGUGAAGGAACUGAGCUAAUAAGGCAACAAAUUAAUAGCAAUAUGGAGUUUGUUAAUAGACUCAAACUAAAUGUGAAAAAAGUGUCAUUGAAACACUGCCACUUCAUCGCCAAAACAAGCUGUGCUUUUAUCGUCGUGGACAGUUGUGUGUAAUUAGGUUGUUAAUAGCUUUUGAAAACAGCAAUAGUAAACUGUGAAUAUGUAAAUGAUGAAACCGUAAAUUUUAGAUGUUUAACAGAGUAGUUGUCUUAAAAAGAACACUGCCUUGAAUGUGCUUUGAUACUCAGCUAUCAAGUGACAAAAUUUAAAUAGAAUCCUGCAGUUUUUAGCAUAUAUGUAGACUAAUUAACUUUAGUCUGACUAAACGUAUUAAAAUGAACCUUAACUCUAAAUAACUACUUAGUUUCAUAGUUUCACAGUACUUAGCAUCCACAGUGGGAUCAUUACAGUCACUUGAUACUGAGUGUUAGGCUAACUAAAAAAUGAGGCUCUUCCAGCACCGGCUAUACCACUGACAUGAUAAGA